AUGGCUUCUGCACAAUUUCAAAUUUUAUCUAUUCUCUGUCGAACAUCACGUCGAGUUGUAAACGGUGCUCUCAUAGAAUUUGCUGCAAUGACAAUAUUAUCGCCAAGUGCAUUAUCACGCGAUGUAAUCAGCACCUAUAUAGGCACGUCUAUUGAACCAUUCCAGAAAAAUACACUUGAUAAUUUCCGUUCAUUCUAUCAAUUUGUGUCAUCUUUAAUUAAAGAACAACAGUUUUUAUCUGCAUUAAGAACAAAUUUCUAUACGAGAGGUGUUCUCGGUAGCAAUAAUUUUGUAACUUUUCCUGCCAUUUAUCCACAACAAGUCGAUUUAACCCAAUCGUCAUUCAUGUCGAAUGAAACAUGUCAAUGUGAUCGUACAAGUGAUUGUGUUUAUCCUGCUGGUAUUUAUAAUCAAACGCGAUCUAUCAUUCCGAAUGAAGUCUUUUCACUUGAUGUAUCACCUCUAUUCAUGAUUCCAGGAUUUCAAGUAGGAUGUCUACCACAAAAUGCAUUAUUUCAAUCAACAUUGGAAUGCUUUUACAACCAAACAUGUUUAGAUAUUGUGAUUUCGUUGACUGGUGCUCUUCGUACUGUCUCACCUCUAAAUAUUUCAAACUCUAAUUCACGAUUUAGUCCAACAACAACAAUUGCUGUUCUUUUUGAUAAUCUAAUGAUUGAGUCUUGGGAAAAUUCUAUUCAUUUUGCCACUUAUUUUCAAACUUGUGCACCUAAAGCCUGUUCAUAUUCAUAUGUACAACGGUUUUUUCUCAUUUACAUGAUUACAACCAUAGUUAGUAUCUUUGGUGGAAUUCGCGUGGCAGUAUAUAUAGCAUCUCCAUUGUUUGUAAAAUUCAUUUUACGUUUAUGUCGUCAGCGGGUUCAAAUGAUCGAAGCUGAUGAAGGACAUGAAUCCAGUAGAAUUAUUUCACAACAAGUCAUUGUCAGAAAUCCAAGUAUCGAUCAAUUUGAACAUCUUCAUGACAUGUAUUCAUCGAUUCUAUCAUGUCCAUGUCGUAAUUCAUCGAUACAACGUUCAACGUUUAUAUCCAGCGAAGUACAAAUUCAUCCAUUUUGUACAAGUAGUUUUGUUCGUGAUGAUCGUUGGCUCCAAUAUUGGACAAUGAAAUUUCUCGAUGGCAUUGUUCUUGGAUGCACAUUUAUGAAUGGUCUUUCACAGUCGACAUUUGAAUGUUUCUAUGAUGAUGAUUGCGUCAAUCAACUAAAUGAACUGCUUGGCACUUCAUUUACUACAUUUAAUCUUAAUGCAACACAGUUUCCACCAACAACUCCAAUCGGAUCGAUUCUAGAUGAGGGUUCCAUAGCAGCCGUGGAUUUGUCAGCGAAUUAUUCUGCAUAUUUUCAAAUAUGUGCUCCAUCAAUAUGCCAAUAUCAUUAUGUUGAACAAAAUGGUGUUGUUUACAUAUUCACAACACUCCUUGGAUUAUAUGGUGGAUUAACUGCAGGUCUACACAUUUUCGUAUGGUAUUUAUUGGGUCUUUAUCGAGUCAUGGUCAAGCGUUGUUCAUGUUUGUUGCAACGCGUACAUCCGUCGUCCUCAACUUGA